AUGUAAUCUGCCAAAGAGGAGAUUUUGUGUUGGCCGUCAUUUUGCGAAUUCGAUCAAUGUUUUUGCAUUUUUCACAUCAUUUUUUGGUGAUAUAUUUAUUGAAAGUGCAUUCAAACGAUUUGUGAAUGGUUAUAUUUUCUGAAUUGUAUAAAUUCAAUUGAGUUUCGACGGAUCUAUGUGGUAAAAAUACGAAGUGAAAAGUUAAAAAGCAUACUCUUGCUCUAUGAAACAGUGGAACUUAUAUCAAAAAUACACACAAGUCGAAGAACUAACAGUGAGAGAGAAAGAAAUAAAAAAAAAGAGUUUUUUCCGUGUUGUUCGUUCUGUUUCAUGAUAUAUUUUUUUGGUUGCUAUUACUGAUGUUACAAACUUUCUGUGAUUCCAAAUGGAAAAUAUAAGAAUGUGUUCGUGAAAAAAAAUGUGUACAUGAAAGCAAUAAAGAAUUUCAUGUUAAUCCGCAUUUAAUUGAGAAAUUUCGGUGUGAAUACAGUGUGUGAAUUUUAAGAAAGUGAAUCCACAAUAAGAACUGCAUUUUAUGGUGUUGCAAUAAACAAAUAGGCUGGACAAAUGAUUUUGAGACACAAACCAAUGCAGUGUUAAACCACAAAUACUCAGAAAUAAUCGACAAUCGACACUUUUUUGUGCAAAUUCAUUGAGAAAGUUCAUAGUAAUAACUAUAUCGGAUUGAAGACUGUUCGUGCGUGCAUUUGCAUCAUCGUCUGUGCAAUCAUUCAUAGCAAUUGGUGCUAUGUGUGUGCAUUAUUUCAUUCAAAUUCGUGUCAACAUUUGUCAAUAAUAUUGUGCGUUUUUUUCUUCAUUAAAGCGGACACUGUAUUGGACGUUAAUUCAACAAAUCGACGGCCGUAUCGAACAAAUUGUGAGAAAAAAUAAAGAGAAGAAACGAAGAAAAACCAACAAUAAUACGAGAAAUAUUCUCUUUCGUCUCUCGUAAUCCAUCGAGAGUGUGUAUUGAAAGUGUGUACGCAUAGCUGACACCAAGCGGCGCUGCUAGUCCUUCAUAACAUCGACAUACACAACAAAAAAAAAACACACGAAUAUUUUCGAUUCGGUUUACUUGGAUAUCAUUUUUCUGUGUCUCAAAAAAUUUGUCUUAGUUCCCGUGGCUGUCUUGGAUCGCUUUACAGUUUCGUGUAAUAAUAAUAUGUGCUUCAAUCGUAUACAUUUCAAUUUCCAUUGACAUAAAAAAUAAACAACGAGAUACAUGACGUGAGACAAAUUAAUGAACAUUAGAAACAGUAGUUUUGCUUCGUUUGCUUAUCUAGUGCAAUUGGAUUAUGGUAUCUUGUAAUUGGAACACAUUAAUCUGAAGCGGAAAUCAAAGUAAAAGUAAGCAACACAUAAAAAAACACCGUCACCGAAAAAAAACUAGCCAUUGUGAAUGAACAACGUGUAAUUUACGUUGAACUGAAAAUAAACAAGUGAAAUUUGCACAUCAAAUCGAAUCGAUUACUGAAAAUUAAAAAAAGAAUAACAAAAAAUUUGUGUCGUAUGCUAUAAAAGAAUUUACAUUCAAGUGAUUGACUAAACGAUAACGAUUGUUUACAUGACGAUAAUGUUGACAUCAUUUUCCAUGUAAUUGUUCUUUUCGAAACGAAAAGCAAAACCAAGAUAUAUUUUUUUUUAAAGUAAAAACAAUUUGAAUUGAUCGCAAACGUAGGCAAAUUCAUUUUGGUGCUUGAAUUGAUUUUUCUCUUUCUUUUCACAUCGAGUACACUGACGAACGCAAAACAAAAUUAUAAAGGAAUAUUUGACGUCAGCAUUUGCUGUGAGUGUGAAAUUUUAUGAGCUUACUGCUCAAUUUUGCAAUCGAUGCAGUUGUUGGGAUUAUUAGUGGAUUCUAGUGUUGCAAUCAAAAACGUUCAUAAAGUAUACAUAGCACGUAAAUCGAAUCGAAAUACGUCGAAAUUGGCAAAUCAACGUACUGAAACAUCGUUCGACGCGUAAAAUAUCGGAAUAUUCGUGUUCGAACUACAGGCGAACUACACACAUUCGUAAAAUUCACAGACGACAUUCGAAACGGAGGCAUUGAUGAAAUGAAUCUGUGCAAUUUUCUUGUUUAUGUAGCAAAUUGAAAGUGAGUGUGUUGAAUCGACAGGCAAAACUAGAUAGAGUCGCCCCGGCCCAUCUAUUCAUUCUAUAGUAAAAUAUUUUGUCGUUGCUCGAAAGGAAUUAUAUAGUGCAUGUGUGAAUGUGUGUGCGUGUGAAUAUUCGAAUACCUAAAUGAAUUUGUAGUGAAAUUACUUUUUAGAAAAAUUGUUUUGUCUAAAUGAAAUUAACAUCAGUAAGCGUGAAAACGUCGUAAAAAUUCCAUGAAUGGUGAUUAAAAUUGUUUCAAAAAUAAAUUUUGUCGACAUACCAAGAAUGCUUACGUUUGCGCGUGUAUAGCGUCUCAAGUAAAUUAUCAAUUUGAAAACGAUUAGAACAGCUGAAAAGAAUUUACAAAAUUUUGUUCGAAAUAAUAUCGAUAUAUUAUAUACAAGUGAAACAAGCGAAUUUUCGAUAAAACAAAAUAUAAUGGUGGUUCAAAGUGUGGUCGAUGUAUUAAACGGAAAGAAAUCAUGGAAAUUGAUGUGAGAAAACGACGAAAUCAACGUAAUAAACGACGGGAGCGAGCUCAACGCAUGCAGGCUGAGCGAGAUCGAGAUAGUGUGGAUAGCGCUGGUAGCACAACGAAUGUGAGCAAUAGUGGCAGUGGAGCCAGCCGUGAAACUGGCAAUGGUACAAGCACACCACAAAAUACACCAGCAACUAUAACAAAUACAUCGGCUGUGCAUGAUAGCGCUGAUGAAGAUAUGGCUAAUGCACCACCGAUACGUGAAAAACCACCACCGCGCCGCAAAAAACAAAAAGAGCAGUCACCAUUGCUCGAAGAAGAUAUAAUCGAUGGAUUUGCAAUAUUGGCAUUCAAAACCUACGAAGACUUAGAGUAUGCUAUAAAAUUGGCAACCAAACUCAAUGAAAAACGCUUGUCAUCAAUCACUGAACUGACUACACUGGAAGACAAGCCAAUCAAACUACUUGAUACCGGACAACGGGACAAAGAUCGUGAUAAAGACAGAGAUUGUGAACGUGAAUGGAACCACAAGCAGCAUAAUCAUAUUACCAACAAUCAUCAUCAGCAAUCGGUGGUCAAUCACACUUCACACAAUUCACUAACAAUAGCAAACGAUCCGGGAACAUCAGACGAUAGCGGCAGAGCAUCGGAACGAUUGACUACAUCAUCGGUUGCACCAAGAGAUGCUGACAGUUCGAGGGAUAGACUUAGUGAUGCGAGCAGUAGAUGCAGUUCUGGCAAAGGAUAUAUCUGUGAUAGCGAAGGAGAUGAUGAUAAGGGCUCUGAUGGAGGUUCAGUGGUGUUUGCAUCAACUCCAGCACAAGUUGCAACGACUGCGCCUAGUCCAACAGUACCACGAAAAACGGAUUUCCCAUCGACUGGUCUGCCGCACAGCAACGGACCCCUUACGCUGGGUGGCAGUGCAAGCCCAGUAUCAAACGCCACAAGUCAAUCGACACCAACAACGGCCACAACGCCAACAUCAUCACAAACACCACAAAUGCAGGUUUCAAAUGGUCCAAUAAACUCAAGUUCGCCGAUCUCACCAAGUCAAACAGCGCCAAGUGGUUUGGUUAAAUCGAUACCAGCGAAAGUGCCAUCAACCUCGACGAGUACAAGCACCUCACCUGGUAAACCAACACAGCCACAACAAUCAACGUCUCCGACGACACAUCAGAAUUCACAAACACAGUCACAGCAGGCAAGUCCAUUGGUAACGUUAUCCAAUGGCUUCGCCCCAUCGACCAUACCACCGAUAGCUAGUACGACGCAUUCAACGCCACUCAUAACGUCACCAAUUAGCCAUCCAUCAGCGAUAACAAAUGGCACCACUCAAAGUAGCGCUAGCGUAAUAGGAUCUGUUCCAACACAAUCGCCGGCUACACUGCAGGCUGUGGCACCAGCAGUGCAUCCAAGUGCAGAAAACUCAACUGGUCGAACAAAUAGUCCGGCAGUGGCUCCAUCCGCAAAUGGAACAAGCAAUUUAACGCCAUCAUCAAAUGGCGGUAUUCCAUCGCCAUAUCGAUAUCCAGGAUAUCCAUUGUAUGCACCAUAUGGUAGUUUUCAUCAUGCAAGUCCUUAUCCGGUGUCAGCGCCCAUACCACCGCCAACGAUUUCAUCACCGUCGGCAUCACCGCGAACAAUUGAUUCGAAAUCAAGUCGCGACUAUCCACAUGUUCGGAGAAUCUCACCGAAUUCUGAAAAAUCCGUUAACUCAGAAAACUCAGAAAAGCCCGUUGCACCUGCGCCGCCAUUGUCUAGCAGUCUCAGGGAACAGACAUCUCAUUCAAUAUCCAAAAGUCAGUCGCCACGUGGUCAUAGUCCAUCGCGCGAUCGUGACAAUUAUAGUAGCAAUGUAAGCAGUUUAUCUAGAACAUCAACACCGAAUUCUGGCAUAGCAUACCCAGGUCCAGUUUCAGUAUCAACUGGCACAAUAUCAUCAGUGUUGCCUUAUAACAGUUUGUCAUCGACAAUCGCAUCAUCGUCGUCGGCGGCGCCACCACCAAAUGUUGCCGUUACAUCAUCUAGUCUUUCUUCUUAUCCCAAACUAACCGCAUCGAGUUGGCCUAGUGCAAGCAGCGCACAACUGUCACCGGCAAUCACAAAUACAAUCACAAAGCCAGCACCGCCACAAGGUUCGAUUGCAUCGGCACCGUCUUUGCAUUCGACAGUAACAACUCAUUCAUCAUUUCCACCUCCUCUGUUUGCAACUCCGUUGCCGCCAGUAUCGUCAGCUGCAAGUGUCACAACCUCCGCUCCGCAUCCAUUUUCGGCCGAGUCACUGUUUCAAUCAAGCAAAGCUGAUCAAGCUGACCAUCUUCGUCGUGAAUUAGAUAAUCGAUUUUUGGAUCGUGCUGGCCUAACUGUGGUACCAUCUUCGCCGUAUCUGCGCCAAGAAUUGCACCAUCAUCAACAUCAGCAUACACAUUUGCAUCAACAUCAACACCAGCAACCGCCCAAUCCUUCACUAUUUCCGCCACCAUUGUUCAAGGACAUGCCGAAAUUCGACUCACCUUUUCAUCGAACCGGUUUGGGUGUUACGUAUCCUGGCUAUGGACCAAGUAUUCUGCAUCCGCCUGGUCUGGGAACGCCAUUUGUGCCACCAAACCAUGUUACAUCAUUCGCACCGAAGCAGCCUCAAGCGCAUCCCGCAGUUGAAUCCACUAAACCUAAACAAGUGAAACCUGGACGAUGGAAUGCAAUGCAUGUUCGAAUUGCUUGGGAAAUUUUGCAUCAUCAAAAGAAAGAAAAUCCAGACAAAACAUCGACAACGCCAAAUCUCGCAAAAGCAGCAGCUACACCAUCAGAAAUGCAUCGACCGCCAUCGCAUAUAUUCUCAUCAGCGAACGUAUUACAAAGACCACCUGAAAUGUCAACGACAUUUCCACCAGGUUUGCCUAGACCGUAUGAUACGGGCUCCAUUCCAUCUGGUUUCUUAGCAGCUGGCCCAACUAGUCAUUUAGGAAAUGCAGUUUCACCUUUUGGUCGAUAUGCAUCACCGUUCAACAAUUUCCCUAGCUUGACCUUUGGACGUGAUAUUCCAAUUGGUGCGCCGCCCACAUUACACGAUCCAUGGCGAAAUCCUUUACCAAGAGCUGUUGCGGGCUAUCCACCAGCAUGGACAUUUAAACCAGAUCCAGCAAUAGAAGCGUUGCGACUUAGAGAGGCCGAAGAAAAAGAGCGUGAACGAAAACGGCGCGAGGAAGAGGCGCGACGCGAACGUGAAGAGAAAGAACGACGAGAAAAAGAAAAGGAAGAAAGAGCUCGAAAAGAGCAACAAGAAAGAGAACAACGCGAACAGCGUGAACGUGAACGGGAACGACGUGAAAAAGAGCGUCGUGAAUUGGAACGAAUUGAGAGAGAACGAAUGCUACAACAACAACGUUUAUCGGAAAGUUCAAAAAUGCAAAGAGAACGAUCGCCGUUACGAAAUGGAACCGAUUCGGAUGUGUCUCGCAUCAAAGAAGAACCAAAACGUGAAGACGAAAUGAUGAUGCGAGGACCUCCAAACGUUGUACCUGAUCCAAGAUACGCUCAUGCACAACACCUUGCCGCUCAACACUACAUGGUUAACAGACACAUGAUGCAAGGACAAAUGCCACCGCUUGGAAGAAGUAUUUUGACACAUCCGAUGGCAGGACCGCCAAUGUCUCACUUUCCACCACCCCCAGCUGGUUGGCCAUCGCCCGCUUUAGAUGCUUACCGUGAUCCAUAUCGUUUAGAUCCAAUGCAUCAGCUGCGAUACGCCCCUGGUGUCAUGGAAGCAUAUCGAGCCGAUGAAGAACGUGCCAAAGCAAUGUAUGCAGCUCAUUUGCGAGCUAAAGAGCCCAGUCCAAUACCAGCACCGCCGAAUCGAUUGAAUCCAUCGGUCGGUUCAUUAAAACCAUCAGAAAAUGCUCCCGCACGAUGAGACUUAGAUAAAUCCAACGCAUAAAUGUAAAAAAAAAACACAAACCUUCUCUCUUUGACCACGGUCAAAGCUUUUAGGAAAAACCAAAAUUCAUUAUUAUCAAAUUUGAACUGAAUGUAUAAAUGUAUUUAAAAUACAUUUCUUUUUAACAAAAUGACUAGAAAUUCGAUUCAUCGCAACGAAAUGAAUUGAACAAAAAUGUGGAAAAGAAAUGCACACACAGAGACACACACAAACUCAAAAUAAAUUUGAAUCUUGUCCAAAAGAAAAUUACGAAUUAUUGAAAAUAUUUUUUAAAUUUAAUUUUUUCGGGAUAGAAUUAAUUUUGCAAGAAUGUUGUAGUGUGGCAUCACGUAAAUGCGCACUAUUUGUGAUCGUAUCCAAUUUAACAUUUUCGUUAACAUGAAACAAACAAAAAUAAGUAAAUAAAUAUUGUCAAGGGACACAUAUUGAUACUACAUUCAUAUUUUGUACUGAUAUUAAAAAAACACACAUUGAUACAACAAAAAAUAUCAAACAGCAUUCAUUUUAUCAAUGGAAUGGCGUGGAAAGUAAUAAUUUAAACCAAUUAUGAGUGGAUCAGUAAGUGAUAUAUUAAAUUAAAACAAAAAUAAAUAUACAUUGAUUAUAUUAUUAUCGAAAUAAAAAAAAACUGUUUUUUCUCAAUGCAAUGUAGUUGACCGAGAUCGAUGUUGUGUGAAUGCUUAGUAUGGUCAAUUGUGCACUGUUUAAAUUGCAAUUACAACCACUGACCAAUUAAAAAAAAAAAACAGAAAAAUAAAUUCCUUGCCCCAUAGUAUUGGAGUUUCAUUUAGAAAGUGCUUUUCAAACUUUUCAUGGAAAAUGUUCGUGUAAAUUUUGUAAUAGAUAAGCGUCAAAAAUAAAUUAAUAUAUAUAAAUUAAAGGAAAAAAAUAUAAAUCGGGGCUCAUGUGAUGUGAUUGAAUUUUUUUUAAAUUUUCAAAUUGCAAAACAAUUCAAAUGUUUGGCAUCAACGAGUGAUUUAUAUAUUAAACAAAAUGGAAAAUAAAGUAAUAAAAUGAAUCACGUCAAAUGAGCCAGGAUACACCCACAAAUUUAUGACAAACGGGUGGCAAAUCCAAAUCAAUUCAAUACACAAAACCUAUAAUUGAUUACAAUAAUAAAAUGACCGUUUAAAUGAACAUUAAAUUCAUUCAAAGCACACACAAUCUCUUGAUGUGAAAAAAGCACCACAUUUUGAAUUAAUUAUAUGAAAUGAAAACGAAAAGUUUCAUGAAUAUAGAAUUUUAAACUGCUAAACACGAGAAAUGAUGAAGAACAAAAAUUCUAAAAAUGACGACCACACAAAAUGAAAUAAAAUUCAAUGCAAAUUCAAAUCAAAAAGCAACAUCUUAUUUCGUUACCGUAUGAAAUGAGCACAAAAAAAUAGACAUUUCAAUUUUAAAACAAUUAGUUAGGCAGUUCUGAAUAACGAACGACAAACAAAACUCAAUAACCAUUCAUGCAAGGCCAUAUGGAAAAUCAUUAUUGGUUUUUCAUUGGAAAUUGUUUGAAAAUUUCGUCAAAAAACAUAUAGUCUAAUUGAAAUACCAUGAAUUCGAAAAAUAGUUCAAUGGAAAUGACUAAUUUACAAUUUCGUUUUUUUUUGCGAUCAUCAUGGUUUAUUCAACCAUAGAAUGAAUUUAUAAUUUAUUUUAUCUAAAUUAAUUUUUUUAAAUAAAUUUUAUUUGUAACAAAAAAUUUCCUCUAAACUUAAUUUAAAUGAAAUCGACUUGUGAACAGAGACUUUAUGGUUUAAAACCUGUUCCAAAUGAUGCGGAAUAUAUAUUCAGGCCAAAAAACCAAUCUGAAUACAUUUGAAGAAGAAGAAAGAAAAACGGAAAAAGUUGAAUAUUAAAUGAAGAUUUGUUCGCCCAAAGCUCGUAAGAGUAUUUAAAUUGUUCGAUCUCUAUAAAAGUGCAAAUAUUCCAUUUAUAUGACAUACUUAGAAUUCGUCUCGUUAUUCUUGUAUUAAUUAUUGAAUUUCGGACGAUAAAAUGAGCAAAUAUUUGUAAUUGCACUGAACGAUCUACAUGAUAAAAAUUCUCUCUCUAUCUUUGUUGCAAAACAAAUUUAAAUGCAUUUUUAUACCAAUAGAAAAACAAAAACACUCAACUCUAGUUUUAUAAUUCCAAUUUAAAUGCAACAAAUGUUUUGAAGUGACUUGUACAUUUCUUGCAUUCGCGCUAAAAAUGAAAACUAAACCUUUUAAUUGAACAUAACUAAAUAAUGUAGAAGAAAAAGAAUAUUCUCGUAAAUUUCUUUAAAAAAAACAUAAACAAACAAAAACAAAUGAUCUGCUUUGUAAAAUAUUUGAUCGAUGUAUAGUGAAAAAAAAACUUUCGAAUUUUCUUUAUGUUAGAGAUAUAACAAAUGAAGAUAACAACUACAACAAAAAACAACAAUAGCAUUAAGCAGAUAUGAUAUAUACUAUACAAUGUCAUGUACGAGAACAUUCUUACGCAUAUAAUUUCCUCUCUUCAUUGUUUUAUUUAUAUCUUCGUAGGAUAGACUUUAAAUUGUAAAUACCUUCAAUCAAUCCCCCGAUGAUCCAGUGAUCAAACAUAUAUGAGAUACAAACAAAAACACAUGAAUUUGGUUUCUCUUUUUGGACAAAGUAGAUUCAAUAUACUAAAUUCGAUACACAAAAUUUGUUUUCGUUUUUGGUAGACAACGCAAAAGUACAUAGUUGAAGCUCGUGUAUAUAAAAGUAAGAGAGAUCGUAUAAUUAAUAAUUAGGAUUCAUAAAAUGGAAGUUAAGCAACAAAAACACAAACAUAUAUGAAAAAAUUAGACGAUUAAGCCAACAAUUAUAUUUAAAUAAUUAUUAUAAAAUUAUCAUUAUGGAGAAUAUACAAGACCAUUUUUGUAGAUAAUUCUGUGGAGAUGAAAAAAGAAACACACAAAAAUAAAUUCAAUAUAAACAAA